GCCGGAGCGGACGGUGCGGCACGUGCUGCGCGGGGCGGCUGCGGGGCCGGCGGCGGCCGCUGAGAAUUGCUCUAGUGGGAAGGUAGAGGCUCCUGACGUCUCCCCAACAUGGUAGUUUUCACGUGCAAUGCGUGUGGAGAAGCUGUGAAGAAAGCACAGGUUGAAAAGCAUGUGAACAUCUGCAGAAACUGUCAGUGCUUGUCUUGCAUGGAUUGUGGCAAGGAUUUCUGGGGUGAUGACUAUAAGGAACACGUGAGGUGCGUAAGUGAAGACCAGAAAUACGGUGGGAAAGGCUUUGAAGCCAAAACUAACAAAGGAGAUGCUAAACAGCAGGAGUGGAUUCAGAAAAUUCAUGAAGUAAUGAAAAAGCCCAACAUAAGCCCUAAAGUGCGGAACAUCCUGGAGCAAAUGCGUGCCUUUGAUAACAUUCCAAGAAAAAAAGUAAAGUUUCAGAAUUGGAUCAAGAACAGUUUGAGAAUUAAUGAUAGCAGUUUGCAAGAUCAAGUGUGGGAUGUUUUCUCAGAAGCAACCAGAAACGUUUCGAGUGAAAAAGAACAAGACAAACCACAACAGAAGGAAGAACAACAGUCUGCAGAAACUGAGGAAAAUACAAAGGUGGAGGAAAAUGGAAUUACAGAUGCAAAAGCUGAGAAAAAAAAGAGUAAGAGGGAACGAAAAGAAGAGAGACAAAAGAGCAGAAAGAAGGAGAAAAAAGAUUUGAAGUUGGAAAACAAGGCGGAAGUAAAAAAGAGUAAAAAGUCCAAAAAAGGAAAAGAGAGUGUGGAGGAUGAAUUUGAAAUAAAUGGAAAUGGCAAUCACAGUGAAACAGAAGAGGAAAGAAAUGUAAAGAAACGCAAACAUAAACAUGUAGAAGAGGAAUCUCUUACCAAAACAAAGAGAAUGAAAACUGAAAGCAUUUCAGAAGAUAUGGAAACAGAAAACAUCAAUGACAAUGAAGAAAAUGUGGGAACAGAUAAAGGUAAAUUCAACUGGAAGGGAACCAUCAGAGCACUUCUAAAACAGGCUCCAGACAAUGAAAUUUCAGUUAAAAAGCUAAGAAAAAAGGUGAUAGCUCAAUAUUAUGCAGUAGUUGGUGAACAUCACAAAACAGAAGAGGAGAUCCUAGUCACAUUCAAUAAGAAAGUGAAUAACAAUCCCAAAUUUAGAGUUCUAAAGGACAAAGUGAAACUUGUGAAAUAAACAGUUUGCAUACUUUUCACAGCUGUUGCAUUUUAGUCUUGCAGAUGGAGUCAAACUCUUCUGUCAGCUGUACAGAUACUAUGCAUUGGUAUCAAUGUAAAUUGUGUAUGUGAAAGCAGAUUUUAACUUUCAAUACUGGAUUCCUCCCCCUUUUCUAGGUUUAUCAUGGAACAUUUUCAGAUAUUUUAUUUUUUAAUUUUAUGGAAAAUGUAUAUUUUUUGGUACAAGUUUUAAGAGGCAUUGAAAAUAAUUGCUGGCCUAUUGUAUUAAAAUUCUUCCAGUAAUGAAUAUAAUUUAUAGGCAUGAAUGUUUUUCAGGACCUGGGUUGUGUGGCUUUUUGCAAGAACUAUUUUCAGAGCAAAUAGGAUUUUCAUAUUCAAAAACCCACUGUGUAAUAAAUGUUUUAUUAUACUAAAAUU